AUGGACUCUGUGAACGUGUUCGACAUUUACAGCACUCCCGAGACUCCCACGGCUCCCCCAAGCAAAAAGAAGGCAAGGAAGAGGCACCCUGGGGAAAGCAGCAAAGUGCCUCAAACUAAGAAGCCUCGUAAUGCAAGCCUCCCGGAGGACGGGCCCUCAACCAACACAACUCCACCCUCUCCUCUCAAGCAGCAGACUCCCUCGGCUCCAGCCGGAACGACUCCACCUCCAGCGGCCCCAACCGACCAGGCUCAGCAGGCCGGUCCUGCUUCGACUAGGGGUGACAUAACUAGUCGUGCCUUCAAAUCGGUCAAGGACAGGGUCGCAAAAAAUGUAAAGCACGACCGCUACCGAGAGGCGAUGGCUGCAAGAAAGGCGAUGGACGUCGAUCUAAUCUUAAACCACGCCUUGAACGAGUUUCCCAGUGCAAUUCUGACCCUUACUGCCGGCCGUCUCCGCUCGGGUGCUGUUAUCGAGCAGGCCAAAUCUUUGGAGCAACGGCACGCUGAUGAACUUAAAGCUGCCGUAGAGAAAUAUGCCGAACAGAUUGCAGUGGUGCUCGAGGAGAAGAAUAAAUUGAAUGAGCAGCUGAAGGAGAAGCAAAAGUCUCUGGACAAAGCCAUCAAUCAGAGGGACUAG